UUGACAUUGAAAACAAUGCAAGCUUUUCCUUCCAACAGAUUCUCUCUCUGAGGCAAACCCAAGAUUGAAGAUGCGUCUUGUACUGAUAUUCGCCUCUCUGGUUGCUGGUGCUCUGGCAGUGGAGGUCGCUCCAGAGGAGACGCCAUUCGCGAAGAACCUUCGACAGGAGGUGAAGGCUCUUAACCUGGACCCUCUCUCUUUGCCCGAUCUCGAAUUCAAGGUAGUUGGGCCCAAAGACACGAAGGUGAAGCUGACCCAGGGAAAGGCCGAAGGACUGAGCGAAGUCGUCGCGCCCCAUGGUCGUUGUUACAGACUCUUCCAAGGCGCGGAUGACGUGAAAUGUUACGUGACAUUCAACGGUCUCCGCGUCACCUACAAGGCUCAAUCUACUCAGCCAGAGAAGACCUUCGACGUCAAAGUGGACACGGCACACAGCUUGCUCGAAGUGCUCCUCCGGGAAACCUCGGACGGAAAGACGGAACUGGAGAACGUCCGUGUUGUAGCUCUGCACCAAUACGUUAGGGAGCCAGUGGAGUUCGGCGACAGCAGGGAGGAGACUGUUCUCUUCGACGAUGCACUCAAGGCUGCUCUGGUCAAGGAGCUCGACAAGGUCGCUGUCACAGGACCUUUCAAAGAAGCCCUGAAGAAGGCAUUCGCUCAAGAACCCUUCCCAACAAAGGAGGAAAACGUUAGCUUCUACGUAGUUGAGUGAAGUUAUACUAGACAUAUGAAAGGUUAAAAGGACACAGGAUGGCCUGCAAGCACGUGUAAUGUUGCAAGUAAAUAAAACGAGUCUGAUUUCUUCUCUAA